AUGGAUGAUUUUGAUGAUCCAAAGGAAGGGAAGAACGUGCACUGGUCACCAGCUAUGGACCAUUGUUUGAUUGAAACAUUACUUCAACAAGUUCAAGAGGGGAACAGAUGCCCGAAUGGAUUUAAACCCGUUGCAUACACUGCGGCUGUGAAUGCAUUGAACCAACAAUUCUCUUCCUGUCUUAUGCGCCAACAUAUCAUCAAUCACCUCAAAACUCUGAAGACCACGCACAGAAAAGUAAUAGAGUUAAUUGGUCGAAGUGGAAUUGGAUGGAAUGAUCAAGCCAAGAUGUUGGAUGUCAGUGAAGAGCAAUGGAAAGACUUUAUAUUUAGAAAUCCAGACAUGGACAAGAGGCUUAAUAAGAAGAGAUUUGAGUUGUUUGACGAGAUGUGUGAGGUAUUUGGAUCUGAUCAUGCAACUAGAGAAUGGGAGAGAUCAAGGAGAUGCUCAAGGGGUACUUCUGAGGAGAGAGUACUUGUGGAUGAUCCCAAUUCACCUCCGAACACUGACUUGUUUGGGGAGGGGGAUUAUAUGAUGGAAGACAUUCCAAGUAAUGGGAGAGGAUCACAACCUACAUUGAAUCACAUAGGAAAUUCUCAAUCAAACAAUGGAGUAGAGAGUUCAACUUCAACAUCAUCUGAUCGACCAACAAAUGAGAAGAAAAGGAAGAGGGUUGGAAGCGUAUUUGUUCAAGAAAUUAGAAAUAUGGGACAAAAUGUUAGAGAGAUGGCUCAAGCAUUGAAGUGUGCUGCACUUGCAUUUCAGCAAACCGCUGCUAAUACAGUUGUGGAUCCAUCAGUUGUAUUAGCUUUUGUUCAACAGGUGGAGGGCUUAUCUGAAGAAGAAAUAGCUGUGGCAUUUGAUUAUCUCUCUAAAAACUAG